AUGGGUAGUGGUAAUCUAUCUAGUAGGGUGAAAAAUAUGAAGUUCAUGCAGGUUGCAGGAGAUAAACACAGGAAAGAUCAAAUUGUAGCGGCUGAAAAAGAUGGAAUUAAGAAACUGAAGGACUCAAGUGAAUGGACUCUCCCUGUCAGCACAAAAGCUUUGAAGGUGAUAAAGUCGAAAAACAGAAAAGUACGUAAGGUGGGAUUUUCCAAAAUAAAUUCAAUGGGACCGGUGAAUAUAUCAAAAGAUUUAAACGAUGGGACUUUGGGUAGAAUGAAGCUGUCCAGCGUGCAGGAUGCAAACGGCGGUGAGAAGCAAGAUGCCGAAAAGACAUUGACGGUUGAUGAAAGCGAUGAAAAACCAAACUCGGACUCCGAACGUAAAGAAAAAAGGAAGAGCAAAAGGUCUAAAAAAAGUAAGAAGAAAUCAAAAGUGAUAGAGGGGUUUGUAAGCAAAAGUGACGAGGAGUUCGAUCCAACAGAGGUUGAUCUCACUUCGAAGAGCUUGCUUGGUUUGUGGAAAGCAAACAGAAAAUAA